AUGGCCUCGCCGCCGCCCAUGUCGCAGCCAGCGCCCAUCCGAUCGCCCAAGAAGAGCAGUGACAACCUGCGCCAUCCGGUCCCCGACCUCCAAUCGCUGCAGGGAGCCUACGUUGGCAAUAUUGAACGUCUCGAGGAACAUGCCGAGCGCAUGAGUGAGCCAGGCUCGGAUUUGCAAGAGGAGAUUCGGAAGUCCUAUUCAGAGCUGAAGCGGUCCACCAGCCGGCAAUCCUCGGUCUACUCGUCAGCGCCCUUGGACGAGCCGACGCGACUAUUCACUACCCGAAGCCGUAACGUCUCGACCAGCUCACACGCUAACUCCAUCGUGGAUCUGAAUGGAGGGGCCCGGUGGGGUGGCUAUUCCCCCGGCGGCUAUGUCACGUCGCCUGUCGGCUCCCUCCACUCUAACUCCUGGUCGAAUGCUUCGACUAACAUACAGCGGCAACGCUCGGAGUCAAAGGCCUCGCGUCUUGGUCAGGUCAUGCACCCGGAAGAAGUCGAUGGCGACAUGUCACAAUAUCCUGCAUACCCUGGGUCACCCAAAUCGCCACGAUCCGCCCCGCUCGCCCUACACCAGGCCGAUUCCCCGCCACCAGCAAGCCAACGGACAGUCUCGUCCUUUACGAGAAUAUACGAUGAAGUCGCCGACGGGCUACCCGAAGAGCUGCGAAACAGCGUCAGACUAAGCCAACCACCAGAUCAUGUCCAACAGCAACACGAGGAAGACACCCAGUAUCAGUACGCUGGCCGCCAGCAAUUCCUGGAUCGGCCACCCACGGCCGCCUCGACCGAUACAACCCACCAAGCCCGCACACUAUGGCACGACUUCGAUGGCGCGCAUUGCGCAGAUACCGUUAUUGAGGAAGAGCCUGCACCUUCCCAUGGCAGUCACAGCCGGCACUCCUCCAACCAGUCCUUCCUAAUGAGAUCCAACCCCGAUGCUCCCGCCAUGGGCAUACCACCACCAGACGACAGCAUGGUUUUCUAUCCCGCCCCAGUACCGAGAAUGCUGAAUCUUCCGAAACGGCUGUCGCAGUUGCCGGCCGUAGGUGUACAAGCCAAGCGACGUACACAGUUACUGGAGUCAAUGCAGCAAGAGAAGAGAAAGUCUACAGCGUUGCUUGCCGAGAUGGCGGAUCCUCCAAAGUCCAACAACAGGAAAAGCCGGCAGAGUUUGAUGGCUCUUCCUCCGCAGCUGCGCGCGAGUGCCUAUUUUGACCAAAUUGCCCCUGCACAAGAUUUUGCUAUCAAAGGUGAAUCGGCUGAGGUUACUCUCGAAAGUAUUCUAGAUGCUUCUGCAAACGCCCCCGUCUCUGCAUUUACGGAUCAUCCAUUCGCGGGGCAGGUGGGUAAAGAAGUAUACGGCCCAGAGCACAAGCGCAGGACCUCAAAGUUCCCAGAGCCACCACAGACGCUACAAGAGACGAAGAGACGAAGCUCUUUCAAUGUUCUUGACACACAGCGCAACUCGAGUGGUGAUCCGUUGAACAAGCUGAAGAAGCGCAACAGCUCUGCCGAUAUGAAUCUACUCAUUGUCAAGGCGAGCGAAAGCCGGAUGAGCCUGGGCGGUGAGCUGGACGAACGUGACGAGCACGCAAGGGGCCCGGAAAAUGAGCAUGACACUACGCCUACGAGACGCUCAUUCGAGGACGACGAUGAUCGUGAUCCAGAUGAUAUGCAGGACGAAGAACCUCUAGAGGAAGAGGAAGAGGAGGAAGAACAGUACUUUGGUGCUCCAACGACCUUACUUGCCGAACUUCAGCUGCGCAAAGCGAAACAGAAGACUCGCAACAUGAAUUACGCGACUCUGGUUGAGCAAGGCAUGAUGACUUCUCAUAGGACUCUCCUCCAAAUGGAUGACAUGGCCGAGAAAGAGAAGCAAAAGCGUCUUAAAAAGAAGGUGCAUCUUGCCUGGGAAGCACAAGCACAAGAUGAUGAUGACUCCGACGACGAUGUGCCCCUUGGAGUACUCUACAAGCAGGGUGGUGGUCAAAAUCAGGAACCGAGCCAGCCUCUCGGCCUAAUCGCGCAGCGACAGCUGGAAGACAGUGAGCCGCUCAGCAGCCGCCGCAAUAGGUUGCGAGGAGGAGAUCCGACAAGAUCAAGAGAGCUUAGUCCCAGCAAACGAGGCAUGCAGUACCUAGGUGUCCCUACAACGACAACACCUGGACCCGAAUCUGAUGCAGAGGAAGGCGAGACUUUGGGUGAGCGUAUGCGCCGCCUCAAGGACAAGCAGAUGCUCGAAGCAGCUCUUGGGGAUGAUGUCCGUAAGAGCACGGUUAGUGGUGAUUUUGCUUCCGAGAUGUUCAAGAAGUUCGGUGUCUCGGAAGGUGAUGAAAAGAAGCCAGAGCGCCCUCAACCCACACCAUCUCCAGGUAUCGAAGAAGAAGAGACCCUGGGCCAGCGCCGAGCUCGACUACAAGCCGAGGCUGCCGCUCGUCCUGCCCGCCCGCAAUCGUCUAUGAGCUUGGCUGAUGUCCUCUCCGCCAAUCCCAUUGACUCCACAGACCAAGCCCGCACCGUCUCGAACGAAGCGUUAAUUUCACACCUGCCUCAAGGCAGUCUCUUGCACCAGAACGUCAUCGCUGAAGAACGUCGGAAAGCCCAGCGCCUGGCGCAGAAUUCGCGAACGUCAAGCUAUGGAAAUAUGGACCCGCUGCUACGCAAUGUUGAUGAUAAGAAGAUAAAGGAAGACGAAGCACUCGCCGCCAGGAUUCAGGCGUACAAGAAUAAAAUGGCUGGUAUAGGGCAGUCUCCGAACAUGAUGUACAAUAACGGGCAAAUGAUGGGUGGGCCCAAUAUGUCUUCGUCAAACCUCCCUGGCAUGAUGGGCAUGAACGGCAUGGGCAUGAUGUCCCAGCCCAACCUCAACAUGCCCAUGAAUACCAUGCAGCAACCAAUGAUGCCUAUGAACAUGGGCAUGAUGGGUAUGCAGUACCCACAAGGCAACCCCGGCAUGAUGCGACAGGGCUCUAUGAUGAACAUGCCAAUGAUGGGCGGUAUGAACAUGGGCAUGAACGGCAUGGGUAUGAAUGGCAUGCCAAUGGGAAUGGGCAUGCAGCCGCAGAUGAUGAUGCAGCAGCCCAUGGAUCCGAGACAGAGAGAUCAAAUUGAUCGUUGGGUGCAGGACGUUCGCCAUUGA